CUGUUUCACUACGUGGGCGAGUUUUCGAAUGUGAUAGAGAAGUCACGCAGUGCGGACAUAGCUCAGCACAUUCUGACACACAAGGACCUCGGCUGCAGUGCGCCACACAUUUGCUCAGUUGGCAGCAGUGGAACCCCCCGCAACCAGUCCAGGUUCUGGCAGUUGCUGGGUGCAGGCGACGAUCUACCCACCAGUUACAAAGGUGUGGAAGCCGGUAGCCUAGACGAGGAUGAAGUAUACGAAGCUGCUCUGGUCGACACGAACAUGAUUUACAGCGUUGAGGACGAUGCACUUGUUCCGUUGCAAACUGCCUGGGGGUCCAUUCCUAGGAUAGAAAUUCUCAACCCUGCAAAGAUCCUUGUAUUGGACUUUGGCACGGAACUGUACGUGUGGAUGGGCAAGAACGCGACCCUGGACAAGAGGAAGUCGGCCAUCAACCUGGCCGAAGAGCUGUGGUCGCAGGGAUACGACUACUCGGACUGUGACAUCAGUCCUGUCUCGGCUGCCGAGCGGCUUGGAUCUCAUAGUCAUGAUACAGACGAAGUGGUGAAGAAGGAGAGCGUCCCAGUUGGGGCCUGAUGGCCAAAGUCACCCAACACAUGGAGACUGUGCUAUUUAGGGAGAAAUUCCUGGACUGGCCAGACUUCACACGUGUCAUCAGAGCCAAACGAAAAGCUAGCAAGGAUCGGCCGGUAAAUAUUCAAUUUCUUU